AGUUAAAAAUAGCAUUUCUUAAGUAGCAUUGUUUGUAAUACCUACAAAAAUAAAUAUGAGACGAAUUUUGUUUGUUUAGUGAUUUAGUUGUAAACAUGACAUUAAAGCUUUAAAUAAUCACGCCAAAAAUGAGGGUCAAUGAUCGGGAAAUAGCGAAAUUAGGGGAAGGAAAAACUGAUUUGGAGGGAAUAUUAAGUCACAGGAAACCACAAGGAAAAGACUGGACCGAUUUGUUACCGCAGCAAUUUAAGGAAAGAACGUUUAAAUUAAUUUCAAAUUUAUUAUUUUACUAUCGACUGAAUGAACAGGAGCCCCUGGGGGUUUUAGUUUUGGAAAAUGCUCAAAUUGCUUAUGAGAGUCCCAAUAGAGGCAUCAACUUCGCUUUUUCGAUAAUGUUUAAAGUGAACAAUAAAUUCCCUGAAGAUGAUGCCAAACAUAUAUUUGCAUGCCGAUGUGAAACUGAUGUUAAUAAAUGGGUGUCAGCUUUGAAAAUGGCCUCAUAUGAAUAUUGGCGGUCACAAUUUAUCAUUUUGAAAACCAAACUAAGCAUGAAGACUGGAAAAGACCCAAUAUUAGACUACAACAACAGCAGGCACUCGCAAAAAACGGAAGUGCGCAGGAGUACAACGAAAAUUAAGGAGAGAAACUCAUCAUCGACAUUUUACAGCCAAAUUGAAUCAAGUUUUUACCAAAGCAGUUCGUACACAUCCACCAAGGCUAUUUCUCAAAGUAGUAAUAUACCUCUAGAUAAUUUAAUUGAUUUUAGUUAAUUUUUAGUUCAACAUGUGAUAUAACACGGUAAAAUUAUGUUAAUUUUGUGAAUAUUUUCCUGAAAAGACCAAUUUUUAUAUUUUUUAUUUAAUUUACUGCCUUACUUGCCUGUAUUAUAUUAUUAUAGUUUUUGUAUUUUGCUUUAUUUAUUUUUUUAUUGUUAAACACCACUAGAAUUAGAUGUGAAAAACGAAUUUUAUUUUUAUAGUCA